ACCGCACGUCUCUCGUGUCAUGUGCUCGCUUUGAAAUUCGAUCCGUUUACACAUGUCAUGAAAUACAUUAAAAUUGUUUCAUCUCGAUGUCACGAGAGACCAUUUCGUUACAUCGUGCAAAAACUCAUCAAUGUACUAUGUAAUAUUAAUUAAUGUGUAAUAUCGCUACAAUGUCUUCCGUAUUUCGUUGUAGUUAUUUGACGAGGAAAUUUUUAUUUUGUUUAUUAUAUAACUUAUGACAGGUGAAUGUUCUAUCCUGGACGGAACAAUGACUUCGGGUUACUUUGCUUUGCCGAUUAAUAUGGACAGAGUGUGCAGGAUUUGUCUCACCGAGGGUACUAAUCUAUCGCCGAUCUUCUCAGCUAAUCAAGAAGUAAACAAUUUCUCAGGUCUCUCUCAGAAGAUACAAGUCUGCGGUUCAAUCGAGAUACAUGAACAGGAUGGAUUACCUUCUUUAAUAUGCGACGUUUGUAUUUAUAAGGCGAGCGUUGCGCACGAAUUCAGACAACAGUGUCAACAUUCUGAUACAAGAUUACGCAUGUACUAUAAUAAGCCUGCUAAAUGUAAUAUCACGGAUUCUUACACACAGACGGAUCUACAAACGAGAUUUGUGCUAUCGAAAAAGGCAGAUCAUAUUGAAGAGGAUUAUUUUGUGAAACAAGACAUGCAGGUCGUCGCAAAUCCACAAGAAUAUAUCCAAUCCACUGACUCGUUUUCCAGAGGCGAAAUCAGUCUAAAUACCAAUCAAAUUCAUAUGUCAGAUGACAAGCUGUUUAUAUGUUCUAUUGGAUUUGAAGGGAGUAAGGAGGAAGCGAAGGAUUCUUGCAUAUCAGAGAACGAGGUUCACCAGAUGACAAUUGUGCAGGAAGACGCACAGGAAGAUGCGUCUAACAUUAUGAAUCUACAAAAUAAAGAUGACGAGAUCAAGGAAGUUGAUCAGUAUGUAGAGAAGGACAGUACAGAACAGGAGGAUUUUGUCAGCGAGAACUUACCCAAUGAUGUGGAAGAGGAAGAGAGCAUCCCGCAAAAACGUAUGUCCAUGAGAAAAACGAAAUUGGCAUCGAUUAAGACAUAUAGCGAUGACGAGAUUGGCGAUAAUUAUUACGAGCCGAGCAGCGACAGUCAAGAUUCAAUGGAGUCAAAGUUUAAAUGCAAGGUCUGUUCCAAACAAUAUGCCACGCAAAAAGGUCUGAAGAAGCAUUCGCUGGUCCACGAGAAAAAGUACAAAUGCAACGUCUGCUUAAAGAUGUUUUACAAACAGGAAAAUAUGGAGAACCAUCAGAAGAUACACACGUCGAAGCCGCACGCGUGUCAACUCUGUCACGCGUCAUUCUCGAAAGCUCAAAGUCUCGUGAGACACCUGAAAUCUCAUACAGAGAAGGUAAAUGAUAUGAUCAAACAGAUCAAUACGAACGAGCGAAAGGAUAAUAAGGAACCGAAGAAAGAGCUCAAGAGUGAAGACGACACUGACGACGAGACUGGGCCUGCGAAUGAAACAGAUGAAUUUGAGAACGCGCCCGAGUUGUAUAAAUGUGAGAUUUGUAAUCAAUAUUGUUCGUCUCUGAAAAACUUGAGGAGGCAUGCCCUCGUGCACGGCGAUAAGAAAUAUUCGUGCACCGUAUGUAAGAAAUGGUUCUUCAGGCCGGAUACGUUGAAGAAACACGCGGAGAAGCAUGGACACGGAUUAUUGGAUAAUCUGGCGGAUGACAAUAAACUAUACGAUUCGGAUGACGACGAUAUGCCCGUUAAUAACACAGUGGAUCCUGUGCCAGAGAGCGAAAACGUCAAGAGAGAGGAGAGUGACGAGGAGGGGUCCGGAGAGUACAAAUGCCAGCACUGUGACAAAGUCAUGGCCACCAAGAAAGGUCUGCGACGGCACGUAUCAAUGCACAAGCCGAAGGCCGAACCCGUGACCUGUGACGUCUGCAGGAAGGUCUGCGCUAGUCAGGCUCGUCUCAUCCUCCAUCAGAGAACGCACAAACCAAAGGAGAAGGUGCCGCGCGAAUACCUGUGUCACAUCUGCAGCAAGGUGUAUCCAAGCAAUUCAUCCCUCACAUAUCAUAUGCGAACUCACACCGGCGUUAAGCCGCACGUGUGCAAGACGUGCAAUAGCGGCUUCACGACGACGACGAGUCUGGCGAAUCACAUUCGUAUUCAUACGGGCGACAAGCCGUUCGUCUGUCACGUAUGUAGUGCCGCAUUCGCCGUGAGUUCGGCUUUUCGCAGACACCUGACUCGGCACACCGGCGAGGCAAAUUAUUUGUGUAAAACGUGCGGCAAAGCCUUCAAGCGGCUCAGCACGCUGAAGGAGCACACAUAUACCCAUUCUGGCGAGAAGCCGUAUGUGUGCAAGACAUGCGGCGCCGCGUACAGCCACAGCGGUAGCCUCUUCGCGCAUCAGAAGCGCUGCCGCGUCCAGUACGGCGAGGUGAUUGUCGACGAUCAUAAUCAUCAUCAUCACAUACCCCACUCGGUCGCUCAUAUUCACGUGAAUAUGAAUAACGUGAAUAAUGGAGCAGGUGUGCGACCGGUCGCUGUGAUAGGUCAAAUGUUCUAAGACCUAACAGUGUGUCGCAUAGACUUUUAAUGUCAUUGGCGAGUAAUUAUGACAGAAUGCUACUGAUGCAGCUGUAAAUCCUAUGUGUUGAAACAACAAGUGUGCGCACAUGUAGAAAUACAAAUUACACGUCAUCUGUAAAUAUACAUACAGUUCUUUUUUAACAAUGAGAGAAACAUUCUUUGAGUAUACCUUGCACUUACAAGGCUGUUGCAUGCUAGUGUUUUGCUUUUAGAAACACAAUAAAUCAGUGAUGUCAUUAAAUUAUAUAAUGAAUAUAAUGACGUUGACAUAUUAUGAAGAACGAAGUUUCCCAAAUAAAAUAUAAUAAAUUGCCAUUAUUAAAAUCGCGAACUAUUUUUUUAUUAUUUGUGAUGUCAUAAGUAUAAUAAUAUAAGAAUAUAUGGGCGCUGCGCAUAUAUCAAUAUAUCAUGUGUAUAUAUAUACAUAUAUAUUUUUAUAUCUAUUCACACACACAUAUAUAUAAUCCAGACCUUGUUGUACCACAUAUUACAUAAUAGUUGUUUAUGUUAUUGCAUUAUUUAGAAGGAAAUAAUUAACAUUUGCUUUCAUCUUUUUUCUUUAUCAGAUCAUUGAUUUACUUGCCUAUUUUUAGCUUGCUCAGACUUCAUUCAUAUAAUAAAAUAAGUGUAAAGAUAGAAAAAAAAAAAUAGAUUUGGUUUUGAUAAGAAAAAUGUACAAAAGACUGUAUGAAAUUUGAAAUUCAUUAAAAACACAUUUUGUUUCAGAUUAAGAAAUUUGUAUGCAAAUUACAUAAAUUUUUUAUAAAGAUGUACAUAAAAAAUACGACACGAUUAUUAACUGAUCGAUUCUUAAACUGCUCAAAAAGUUCAAUAGUUGAGAUGUGCAGACAUAGUGAUGCUAGAAGUGUAAUAUCAGGUACACAAUUUCUGGACUGUGAUUGUCACGUAAAUAACAACUGGAUGAAAGAGACGAAUAAAUUUUAUUCAAAAAAUUUAGUCGGCUCAUAUAUCUUGCCGUCAAAAUGCAUCACAAUUAAACGAUCGAUAAUCAUACAUAUUCAUACUAUAUAAAUUUACAUAACAAUAAAUUAGAUCACACAAAAAUACAAAAAAAAUAUAAUUAUCGUGAUACUCAGAUAUUAUCACAAAAAUUAGUAUGUCACAUUUUUCAUCUCAACAAACAAAAAUUUAAAGUUAUACAUAUAUUUAAUAUCUAAUAAGCGGAUAUAUUUUUGUAAAACAAAAUAUUCAUUUUUGAAAAUAUAAUGGAAAAGACAAACCCCAUUUAAAAACAUGUUCAGUAAAAACACAUAUAAUACGUAUUUUCAACAAAAUAUGUUUAAAACAUAUAUUAGAAUAUAUAGACUUAUUUAGACUUUUAAUCAAAUGGAUUAUUAGAUUAGAGAAUGAUUUUAUAUAAAUUGAAAAAAAAUAAAUGAGGAGUGUACAAAUAUACAUACAUAGCGAGACUGAUCAUUUACAUUUAAAUAUUUAAUGAUAUACACAAAGCUUGUAAAAAUCUUAUUCUCUAAAUAAUAAACGAAGUAAAAUUUGUAUUAUAAAGAUCUUAGUAUUAUCUUUUAUUAUAUAUUUUUUUUUUUUGUAUUGCUAAUAUAUAGAAGUAUUAUUCAGCCGAUAAUUCUUGUCAUAACAUGGAUCUCUCUGUCUUAUCACAUACAAUUAAAUGGCUUUUUAAAAC